AUGGCGCACAUCCAGACCGAGCGCGCCUACCAGAAGCAGCCGACCAUCUUCGAGAACAAAAAGAGAGUGGCGAUUCCUAUUUGGUGUGGUGACGAAGAUGAAGAAGCAUCGUCAUCUGCCGAGAUUAACGCCACUACAUCCGCAAGUACAAUCGCUUCGAGAAGCAUCACAAGAACGUGUCCAUACACCCGUCUCCCUGCUUCAGAGAUGUCCAUCCAGAUCGGCAGCAUUGUCACCGUGGGCGAGUGCCGGCCACUGAGCAAGACCUUGCGCUUCAGUGUGCUCAAGGUCACCAAGGCCAUGGGCACCAAGAAGCAGUUCCAGAAGUUCUGA